CUGUUCAUUGUAUGUGUGUUAAGCUGCGUCACGGGUAACAGUGUUUUGUUGCUAAUAGCACUAAGCAUAUUUCUAAGAUGACACGUUUAGGAUUAUUUAAACUUCAAAUCUGAGACGCCUGCAGAAUCUUUUCAUAGGUCUGUAUAUAUGUAUCCACUGUCAGUCAGAGUGACACCAGGAAACCAAGAGUCAUAGCUAAAAUUUCAGUUGAUAAGUGUAAAUAAGUUUAGUUAAAUUUCAUGACUUCUAUCAUGCUGUCCCAGUAUAGAGAGCAAUUGAUUCUGAAAGGUCUAAGCUAUACUUUAGCUCCUGUUAACGUUUUGAUGUCGGUGUGUAAAUCUCCAUCAACUAAAGACACAAUCGCUGUCUUUUGCACUUUCAGAGAUUUUUAUGGACAGACGGCUGGCCGCUGCUAUGGAUACUGUAGUUGUUUCAGUUUUAUGCAUUUGGACAACGUAGUUGCAUUCACUGAAACUUUGACAUCGGAGUUUCAGUGAAUGAACUUCAACUGUCUGCUAUAUAGGCAAAUUGGCUCAUGAGCAGAUGGAGGUCUGAGAUCACCACAGGGAAGAGCAAUAUACUGCUGGAGGUUUGGGCCACCUCACACCAUAUCUUGCAUGGAAACAUGCGUAGUGUUGUUUCAUUAUCAGUCUGACACUUGUACAUACACUUUCAGGUCACCUUGAACUCUUACACAGAAAGAGUUCAACAUGUUUAAUAUUUAAUCCUGAGAAAAUGUACAGGUGUGAUGACGUAAGUUUUUUAAUUAAAGCUGAGCAUUUGUCUUUUCCAACCCAGCUAGACACUCCAUUAUUGGAUUGAAGUCAGCUAACAUACUUGGUCAGAUCAUAGUUUUUACUUUACUUUUUUUUUACUGAGAACUUGUGUGAUUUUAGCAGUAUCGUUUUCAUGCUGGAACAUUCAUCAUCUGCAAAGCUUCUGCAGACUUAAAGGUCAUCUUAUAUGUAUGAAUGUCACCUCGCCAACUCCUUUUGCAUUCAUUAAACAUGUACUUUACUGUCGGUCAUUUUGCAUUCCCUGUAGUAUGUUUGUACUGUAACCACAAAGUAAAGUGAAGUCCUUAGUUCUACGUCAGUAGAACUUAAAAUGUUAUAGUCUGGGAAGAACUAUGACCACAACAGUCUGAGAGGAAUAUAAGCUAUUGUUAACAGCACUGUUUAAACAUAUCGUUGAGGAUUGAGACAAUAAAACAAUAAAAUAUAGGAUCUGCUGAGAGUAAAUUCACUGAAGAUUCCAACUGCAUGAAUGAAUCUUAUAAAACAUUGCAAAACAUAUAAAAAAAAUGGAAAAAUAAAUAUCAUUUUGAUGGAAAACUCGAUGAACAACAGUGCAAGGACUAGUGGUAGUCUUUUCAAGUUCUUCUGCAAAGUAAAAUUUUGCAUUUUAGAGUCAAAGAGCAAGCAGUCUUUCUUUUUUUUUUCUUGGAUACCACAAAUAUCUAUAUAAGUUUUCACUGCCCUAACCCUUUUGUCAAGUUGUGCCCUGUCUGAUUUUUCAGCUCUUCAGGCAGUUUAUGGAGACAUUAUGUAGACAUGCAGAUGGACACAGCUCACAGGUCCAAGACUGAGAAGAUUCUGUUGUUUUUAUGUCAUUUUGUAGUCAUGCUCAUACAAUUAGACCAAGAAGUUUCUACUUUGGAUAUUGUAUUUUCAAUGUAAUCUUUCUAAAACAUUUAUUUUUGAGUGCUCAAGAAAGGAAACACUCAACUUGUUAACUUGGAAAUGAUGCAAUUUUGCAUGUGAAGGUACACGCUUCUGUUGAACUCUGUAUUUCUCAACUUUUUCUUGCUCAAGUUUUCUUGAAGAUUUCCAUCUUUACAUGCCUGUGCUUCUUCUGCAGCACUGGCCCUCAAUCUGACAGGAAACAUGUCAUCAGUAACAGCAUUUACAGUAAAAGCGUGGCAAAAAUAAACUCCAUCUCCUUUCAACUUUCUGCUGGCUCCCUAACUUAAGACCCACUCAUCAGCCUUUUCCAUGGUGUUUGCUGCAUCUCAGGGUCUUUGUCAGUAAUUCGUCAUCACACUCAGCUUUUCACUUCUUUGAUUCACUUUUUUGGCAUCAAGUAAAAUUAGUUGCACCAUGGCGGAGCACUUCCAUGUGAACACACCACUGCUGGAGUGUAUGAGGAUGUCCAAGCGGCUGGGAAUUCCCGUCUAUCUCAAGAUGGAGAAUUCACAGCCCUCAGGCUCCUUCAAGAUCCGCGGCAUCGGACACCUCUGCCAGCAGCUUGCCAGACAGUCCAAAGGAGUAGUCUGCGCUUCAGGUGGUAAUGCAGGCGUGGCUGCAGCCUACGCAGCACGAAAAAUGGGUGUCCCAUCCACUAUCGUAAUUCCAUCCUCUUCUCCUCAGCUGGUGGUCCAGAGACUCCAGGAUGAGGGAGCUACUGUCAAGAUAGCAGGCAAGGUUUGGGAUGACGCCAAUGCAGAGGCUCUUAGACUGGCAGAAACUGAAGGGCUCACCUAUGUUCCUCCAUUCGAUCACCCCCUGCUUUGGCAAGGCCAUUCCAGCGUGAUCACAGAGGUCGCAGCCUCUCUCGGCCCCGGCGUGAAGCCUGGAGCAGUGCUGGUGGCUGUGGGUGGAGGAGGCCUCCUGUGUGGAAUCAUCCAGGGCCUGAAGAAUGUAGGCUGGAUGGAUGUACCCGUCGUUGCCAUGGAGACGGUGGGGGCGGACUGCUUCAACGCUGCGUUGAAGGCGGGCAAGCUGGUCACUUUGGAUGACAUCACUAGUGAGGCUAAAUGUCUGGGAGCAAAGACGGCUUGCAAGCAGGCCUUUGAGUACAGCCAGAGCAGCGAGCUGAACAUCAUCUCUGAGCUGGUGACUGACCAGCAGGCACUGCAGGCUGUCCAGACAUUCCUGGAUGAGGAGCGAGUGUUGGUGGAGAUGGCGUGUGGAGCAGCACUAGCAGCCGUCUACAGCGGGCUGAUAGGCAGGUUGCAGGAUGAAGGUCGUCUGCCAACUCUCUCAGGCCCCCUGGUGGUGAUUGUCUGUGGUGGCGGCAGCAUCAACUUGGAGGAGCUGAGCAGCCUCAAACACAAACUACACGUCUAAACUACUCUGUUUGUGCAGAUGUGUGUGGCGGGAAAGUAGAAAGAUGAAUGGAUGAAAUUGUGGGUAAAAAAAAUUAAAGAAAUGCACAAUAUUAUUGUCUUUAUUUUGAAAUCAAAAGUCUUAAUUCGUUCAAAGGAAUUAUUUCGAAUAUAAAUGAAAUAGCAAAGCUAUGUAGCAGCAAUAAAAUGAAAUGUUUUAGGGAAUUCAAAUAAAUCACUGCAAGUAAAAAUGAGUGUCUGUACAGUU